CCACGCGCUCUUAAUAUAAACAAUUUCCAGCUUCGCUUUUCCCACAGAAAAUUAAAAGAAACGACCCCGUUCCGUCCUCAUUCUGUCUUUAUCCUGUUUCCUCCUUAACGUCGUCAUUCCUCCCCAUCUGGCCAGAACCUCGUUGGACGGUCGUCAGAGACGUGACACGAGUAUCGCACCCCUCUGCAUUAAACACAACGUACAACUGGCGAAAGAAAAAUCGCAGAAAAACACCUAUCCGUGGUUUGGCCAGGUAAACGAAGAAGAACGAGGUCUCCACGAGGGUGUUCCACCUCGGUCCACCCUCGGUCGUCCAUUAAAUCCCGUGAGUUAUGGUUGAUUCUCGCCAGUGCUCAAGGGACUCGGUGGUCACGUUCAACAAACAAUGAGAAAAAAUUGUAACAUUGUUUCGUAUACAACGCUCGAAAUUCAUCUUUACAAUGACUCGAUCUAUUAGGUAGACUGGAAAGUGAUGUCGUUUCGUUUACAUUAAAUUCAAACGAAUUUUUGAUAAAUUUCUAUUUUUAAGCAAUUAUGUAAUCGUUCUCGUUAUCAGCAGCCACCUAGUGUGCAAAUUUUCGGUGAUCGAUAAACAUCAACGAGCUGUUGAGCGAUAAACACGGAUUUAAAAUUGCAAAAACGACAUUACUUUCCAGUCUACCCGAUACAAGGCCUUAACGUUUACAAUAGAAAUUUACAUUUUUCGAAAGUUACUUACGCUGACGUAAAUACUUAUCCACGCAAAGCAUGCAUCCAAAUUACUUUCGAUUGUCGUACCGAUACAUCCGAAUCGCUACGAAUUGCUGAUAGAUGUAAACGUCGUCGAGGAGGUCUUAGAAAAUAACCCUGAAAAAAAGAAAUAAAUAAGAGAGCAAAGAUACCAAGUACCCGCGUACGGGUCGGGUGAAUUGACCUGAUAUUUCUUAGGGACGCGGAUAUCUUGCACGUGGAUGCGCAAUGUGAUGGCCAGGACGGCAGCCAGGUAGACGGUCGGUUCGCGAAGCGGUUCUCUUAGUUCCGAUGAGACCCACGUGUUUGUACUUAAUCCCAUGCCCCAGCUGACCGACGUCCUAAGGCUUCCCUAAACUAUGUAGAGCUGGUGAACGCACGGCUUUUGUCUUUAUUCUUAUCCAACGUUACACAAAGUUUCGCCGUUCCCUGACGAACGGAGUGCCAGGAGUGACGAGGUCCCUGGUUCGUUCCCGUGUCACCUGUACGGACAGUGCCAUGGGUUCCCGUUAAUCGACACCUUGGACCAGGCGUUCCUGGGGAUCGAUGAACCAAGUUCACGCGAAUAUCUGGGCCCGUCGAUAAACACAGUGGGAAAAUGAAUCCGUCCGAGUCGCAGCAAAAUCUUCUGGCGAACGAGGCGAGGGCGCCGUCGGUGCAAUCCUUGACCCCACCACAGGACUAUGCUCUUGGCCCAGUUGAGAAGCACUUCCUGCUAAGCGCGGAACGAGGUGAUUGUGCCACUGUCAAAAGGUUACUGGAGGAGAACAAGGACCACCCGGAGCUGCUGAACAUCAACUGCGUGGAUCCCCUGGAUCGAUCAGCCCUGAUCGCCGCCAUCGAGAACGAAAACGUCGAGUUGAUCAAUUUGCUCCUCGAGCUCGGGAUCCAAGUGAAGGAUGCACUCUUACACGCCAUAAAGGAGGAGUACGUGGAAGCUGUGGAGAUCCUGUUGGAAUGGGAGGAGAGGACACACACGCCCGGGCAACCUUACAGUUGGGAAGCCGUCGACAGGUCGUCGUCGAACUUCACUCCAGACAUAACACCGCUGAUUUUGGCCGCACACAAAAACAACUACGAGAUCUUGAAGAUACUCCUCGACCGUGGCGCGACGCUCCCUACUCCCCAUGACGCCAGGUGUGGUUGCGACGAGUGCGUGACGUCCAGCGAGCAAGACUCCCUGAGGCACUCGCAAGCUCGAAUAAACGCGUACCGCGCCCUCACUUCGCCAUCUUUGAUCGCCCUGUCCUCGAGGGAUCCUCUUCUUACGGCCUUCGAGCUGUCCUGGGAACUACGACGACUGAGCAAAAUGGAGCAGGAAUUUCGAUUCGAGUACAAUGAGAUGCGAGAGCAGACGCAAAAUUUCGCCACUUCUCUGCUGGAUCACGCGCGCACGUCCCUGGAACUGGAAGUGAUGCUGAAUUACAAUCCGCACGGUGAGAACUGGGAACCAGGUGAGAGACAGACGUUGGACAGGCUCAAGCUGGCCAUCAAGUACAAGCAGAAACAGUUCGUAGCCCACCCGAACGUGCAACAACUGCUGGCUGCGAUCUGGUACGACGGGUUGCCGGGCUUCAGAAGGAAAAGCAUGAUCGGACAGUUCAUAGAAGUCGGGAAACUCGGCGCCAUGUUUCCUGUAUAUAGCUCGAUCUACAUGCUCUCGCCUACCUCGCCUAUGGGUCUGUUCAUGAAGAAACCGUUCGUCAAGUUCAUAUGUCACUCAUCCUCCUACGCUUUCUUCCUGAUGCUGCUGGGGAUGGCGUCGCAACGCAUCGAGUACCUGGCAAUCGAGUUAUUCGGGAACGCCUGGCUGCUGGACAUAUUAGCUGAGUGGAAGAGACGAGAACGUGGCUGCAUUCCAGGCUUCGUCGAAUCCGGUGUCAUCAUCUAUGUUAUCAGUUUGGUCAUGGGCGAGAUGAGAUCGUUAUGGUCGGACGGGAUCUUGGAAUACGUAUCUGAUCUCUGGAACGUGGUGGACUUCAUUCAGAACGUGUUUUAUGUAAUCUGGGUAGUGUUGAGGCUGACAGCGUGGAUUAUAGUUCAGAGGGAGUACUGGAGUGGCGUGGAUCCUUGGUAUCCCAGAGAUCAAUGGCACGCCUUCGAUCCCAUGCUGCUUUCCGAAGGAGCCUUCGCCGCAGGAAUGAUUUUCAGUUUUUUGAAGCUCGUUCACAUAUUCAGCGUGAAUCCCCACCUCGGUCCGCUCCAAAUUUCCCUGGGGAGGAUGAUAAUAGACAUUAUCAAGUUCUUCUUCAUCUACACGCUGGUCCUGUUCGCCUUCGGUUGCGGAAUGAAUCAGCUGAUGUGGUACUACGCGGACCUGGAGAAGAUGAAGUGCUACAGCAUAAAGGGCUUCCCCGAUCUGCCCGACUUUGACAAUCAGGAAAAAGCGUGCUCCAUUUGGAGACGUUUCGCUAACUUAUUCGAGACGUCGCAAUCGCUUUUCUGGGCCAGUUUCGGUAUGGUGGACCUGAUGUCCUUCGACCUGACGGGAAUAAAAAGCUUCACGAGGUUCUGGGCGCUGCUCAUGUUCGGCUCCUACUCCGUGAUCAAUGUCAUCGUUCUCCUCAACAUGCUGAUCGCUAUGAUGUCCAAUUCCUAUCAAAUCAUCUCGGAAAGAGCCGAUACGGAAUGGAAGUUUGCCAGAAGCCACCUGUGGAUGAGCUACUUCGAAGACGGUGACACGGUGCCACCUCCCUUCAAUAUGGUCCCGACCGGCAAAACGUUCACCAAAAUCUUCUCUUGCGGAAAAACCGGCCGUCAGACGAAAUCUCUGAUCAAAAAAUCGAGGGAAAAGGCGCUGGCGAGGCACGACACGGUCAUGCGACUUCUGAUACGACGUUACGUGACCGCCGAGCAAAGGAAACGCGAUGAUUUUGGCAUCACCGAGGACGAUGUGAUCGAGAUAAGGCAGGACAUCUCUACAUUGCGAUACGAGUUGAUCGAUAUCCUUCGGCAGAACGGAAUGAGAACACCGCAGUUCGACAAACAGGAGGCGGCGCUGUCUGGUAAGAAGGGUCGAGUGAUGGAACGUCGUCUCCAGAAGGACUUCCAGAUCGGUAUAGUGGAGGGCAUAGUGAACGCCGUGAUCCAAAGCGAGAAAGAACCUAAAGACGUGUUCAGCCAGAUCGCCAAGGCGAUAGGUCGUAAGAGCAGUGGAAGCAAGAAGGAUUGGAACGCCGUUGUCAGGAAGAACACCAUCGUGAGGGAUCCGAUUGGUAGCACGAGCGAGGCGUCGAUGAAACGACGCAGCAUUCGUCGGCUACCUCAUCAGGCCAAUUCGGACCUAGCGUCGUUGGAUCCUAAUCGUCUGGUCGACUACAAUCCAAACCUGACGGAAGUCUCGCCGACCACCAGGAUCGCCUACGCGAAGUUCAUGAUGAGUCGAAUGAAACCAGGGGCUGAGCCAGAUGGCGAAGAGGUCAAGGAAGAAGAAGAGGGCGGCGAGCGUGCCACGAAAGUGAGCAUUCAGGAACCGGAUCGUCCUGUGCCAAUGCUGAAGAAGAGCCUGCUGAAGUCAAUGAGCGGUGGCAGCUUGGACAAAGGAGGCGAGAAGUCGGUGUCCAUCGAAGUGAGGUCGCCCUCGCCGAUACCUGAGGACCCUAGAGAGGACGACGCGACGAGGUCACCGCAGGGUAAGGCUGGCGCUGCCAAACCGAAGCCUGGACCUAGCCAGCCACCGAAGAAAGAGGACGAAGGGAAGAAAGAGGACGGGGACAAGAAGAAGGACGAUGACGAGGCUAAGAAGAAGAAAGAGGAGGAGGAGAAGAAGAAAAAGGAGGAGGCGGAGAAGAAGAAGAAGGAAGAGGAGAAGAAGAAGAAGGAGGAGGAGGAGAAGAAGAAGAAGGAGGGCGGCGACAAGAAGGAAGGCGGGGAGGAGAAGAAGGAAGGUGGGGAGGAGAAGAAGGAAGGUAAAGAGGACAAGAAGGACUCCGGUGAUCAAGCAGCCAAACCUCCACCUCCAGAAGAUAACGUACCGGUUGCUACUACGAAACUGCGUGGAAAGUCAAAGGCUACUGGUCAAAUCAUGGGCGGAUGGAUCUGAACUCUCUACGUUGAAUCGUUCGUUACAAAGCUGGUGUGAGAUUUUUUUUUUUUAAAUACUCUCUAUUCAUGAAUUCUAUUAAAAAGUAGAUCUCACGCGAAAGAAAUUAUUCGAAAUUUUAUUCUUACUUCGAUUUAUUCAAAGAAAUGAAAAUUUGUUCAAAGACGUCGAAAUUUUAUUCUUACUUCGAUUUAUUCAAAGAAAUGAAAAUUUGUUCAAAGACGUCGAAAUUUGAAAUCUUGGAACAAAGGAAGACUUGCACCGGCAUCGUAACGAACGGUUUCUUACUUAUCAAUAGAAGGAAAACGUUGGCUGACCCGGUACCAUGACUACGACGUUCGAUAUCGAUCUAAAGAGCACGACACGCGACUACCCAAGUUUCGUACUUUCGUAUUUUUUUGUAAUACUACGCAUUUCUACAACACGACCGAUGCUAAUCAUAGCUUGACACCAGAUCACCCUAAGACCUCGAGAAGAUUAAGCGUAGCUGUUCGAGAUUUCCAAACGAUUAAUCCGUGCCUAAAGGCAAUUAUCUUUCAGCGAUAAGAAAGUAUUGUAUUCCUCUCACGCUCAUCGUUUUCCGUCUAUUCUUUCUCUCGGUAUACGUGAUUAGUUUCGUCGUCGAUCUCGUCGACGCAAGGUGAUACUUUUGUGCACUGUUCUAGAGAUAAAUCACCAUUCGUCCAUCGAUCCAUCGAUAUACUCAUCUUUCUAUUCGCAUACACUUAGCACCGCUGCCAACGUUACGCGGACUCUGUCGGUUUCACGAAAUUCCAUUUAAUCGAUAGGAGCUUAAGAGUCGAUCUUUUUUAAAAAACAGAAACAACUUGUACGUAUAUAUAAAUUCUUAUUCUACAUAGAAUGUUUACAACUAGCUCAACAUGUAUAUUAGUGGUAAAUAAAGAAAAUG